GCUUCCCGCCAUUGCUACGCGACGCCGUGCAUCUUCUCCUCGCUGUCUGCUAACCUAACUCUCGGAUUUAACUUUCAAAUGAUGAAGUGGCUCUGGUUGUCAAUCAGCACUGUUGGCAUUCUCUGCCAAAUUUUGCUUGGAGUGGUCGAGGCCCAGAUAACCCCCGGCCCAGCGCUGCCCGUGCGACAGGAAAGUAAAGCGGAUCCGACGCUUUUGGGAUGGGUCAGCACAAGCGGCGCGUCCAAAUUCUCCGAUCAACGCGUCUGCGACUUCCCAUCCACAGUCUCGCGCAGCGGCGCCUAUGCAAAGUGCUGUGCGGCCUCAGUACCAUGUAACCUAUAUACAACGUGCUCUGGCAAUGUGCUGGUUGCUCCUUCGACGUCUGUGCCAUGCGAACAGGGGAUUUGCAAUACAGGCGUGAUUGUGGCUUCGACAGGUACCGCGCAGCAGCAAGGUGUGUCGAAUAUCGAAUGUUGGGCGACGGGGCUUGGGACCAAAGCAUUUUGGCUCGUAACAGAUGUAAACAAUUCGGCUACCGCCACCCCAACAACGGCAUCUGCUACGUCGACAACUGGUAGAGCAUCUAGUUCAACGGCUUUCAAGACUAAUACUGAGGAAUCGACUCCUUCCUCGUCAGAAUCAAGUGUUUCGGGUGCAUCGUCUCCCAGUCCAUCAAAUGCCGCAUUGGCUUUGCCAGCUACAAGACUGUUGCCCUUUUUGAUCAUUGUUGGCUUUUUUGAAGAUAUGUUUGCUUGA